CAGUUCGUUCGUCUAAUAUUUUAAUUCAAAUCCCUAAUCUCUAAUCUGAAAUCAAAACCUCAAAAGGUCUCUCAAACUCUCUCAAUCAAUGUUCCCACCAAAUCAUUUCCCCCAUUUUUCUUUGCCCAAAAACUAGACCAACAAAUGGAUCAGAGAUUCCAUGGCCUACCUUCUCUCAAGAGAUUCAGGCUCAUGCAAUAGCAGUAUAAUGAUGCCCUUUUGUCCCCCUUGUGCCUUUUGGGGAUAAAGCGAAAGGCGCCGAGGGACCAACUCGUUUUCCCUGACCUUGCCAUCUUCGCCGCUACCAUCUCAACCUAUUCCCUACCUGCCAAGAAAAGGGUUUGGGCGUUUCAACCUGAUUUGUUCCCCAAAGAGCCCCUUUCAACAUUGGUCCUUAAUGUCGAGUACAAGCUGCCUUUUGGGUUGGAGUCGAAAGAAGAAGCGAUCGAGAAAAUGGAGAAAGUGGAGGGUAAAUCUGAAAAUUGCUGCAAUGAAAAUAUCGAGAUUACCCAUGACCAAGACGAGAAGAGCCAAGAAAUUGUAGGGGAUGGAGAAUGCAAUGAAGAAGAAGAUUAUGGGCGGUUUUGUGCUAUUUGUCAGAGCACAGAUAGAGAUCCAUUAGAUCCACUUGUGUACUGUGACGGGUGUGAUCUGAUGGUUCAUGCCUCCUGCUAUGGCAAUCUCCUCGUAAAAGGUAUUUUGGAAAGCAAUUGGUUCUACGCCAAAUGCACAUCUUCCGCCGCGCAUUCCCAAUCCAUUGAGUCCUGUUCUUGCUGCUUGUGCCCUGUCAAUUGUGGGGUAAUGAAGCCCACUGGAGACGGCCGGUGAGCAUACAUUGUGUGCGGGCUUUAUGUCCUGAAUGAAGAAAGUUGAUGUUCUAAUAUGGGGAAUAUCCUA